UUUUUUUUUCAUUUUUAAAUCAGUUCAAAAUUGAUCUAAAUAGCGGAUUAAGUUUAAUGUACAACGAACACUGGGAAGAUUUUACCUUUGAGGAAUCUCAAACGGUGGGAUUUCUUCGACUUCCAAAUAGUGUAAUGGAGAACAUUUGUCGUUUUCUGGAUGAUCAAAAAGAUCGAUACGAAGCAUGCUUAAUUAGUCGUCGAUGGCUUACAGCAGCACAGACUGUAUUAUGGGAAAAACCUCACUUUGACAUGCCACAUAAUUUUCGACAAUUUCUUAGAACGAUCUGUAACAAUAACAAAACAGCACUCUUAGUUAAAGACAUUCAAUUAAUCUUUCCAGAUCACGAUAAUAGUUUAUUUCAAACCAUUACCAAAUCUAAGUCCGAUCGUCAUCACCCUCAAAAUCCUCUAUCUUCGCCUUCUAUUUUUACCAACAUUGCUACCUAUUGUGAGCAUCUCUCAUCACUUACCAUUUAUGGUUGGCAUUUAAAAACAACCCAUAUUGAGCUUUUGGCUACACAUGCUAAAUAUCUUACAUCAUUGCACAUUAUCGGAGCAGACAUGACGCCUAUUGUCUUGAAUAAUUUAUUGCCUCGGUUGAAGACUUUACGUUUAGACGGUAAUUUUCAUUUGGAUCUUCAAUGGGCUCGUACUUUAAUUCAUAGAGCUACUCGCCUUAGUCAUUUACAACUCUCCCUACAAGGCAUUAACCAACAAACAUUAGCUACCAUCUGUUCACAGCAACUUGAAUUGACCGAGCUAAUUUUAACGGAUGCUUCACCUCUUAGCGAUGAUCAUGUCUUUAAGAUUUUACAGUCCUUUCCUAACCUUACGCGAUUCUGUCUUGAAGGUUGUAAAAAAAUAACAAGCUUAUCUAUUGCUAUCGCUCUUACAACUUGUCCCAAUUUGACUCACCUUGAGUUACGUGCAACAGAAUCGAUCGAUAAAGAGUCAUCUGAAGGAUUAGAUCAUUUUCUGACAUCAACUACUAUAGCAAGACCUGUACGAUUCUUACUGGAAAAUAUACAAGUGACUAACCAUGAUUUUGAACUUUUAGCUGCCACCUCCUUUGCUUCACUUCAGACGCUAGGCCUUAAGGGCUGCACAAAACUUACAAAUAGGUCUAUUGAAAACGCGCUAUGUAAACUUAAAUACUUACGACAUGUCCAUAUCAGUCAAUGUCCUCAACUUGACUCACAACUUUUCAGUUCUUUUGCUAAUUCUACCUAUGUUUCUCAGUCCUUGAUGCGACUCUUCUUUGAGAAUAAUGGUGAAGUUCGAACUAAAGAUAUUUAUGAGCUCUGUUAUGCAAGUUCUGAAUGGAACUUGCGUGAGAUUUGUUUAAUCAAAUAUGAAUAUUUACAACAGACAGUAAUUGGAGAUUUUAAUGAAGAAGGUGAUGCAUCAAGGAUCUUGUUAAAUAGACAAUCAAUUGAUGCUUUAGCACAGUCACGCUCUAUGCCUGAGGAUGUGACAUUGACAGGCUUACAAAUUCAUUUGUUAGCUAAGCAUCUAAAUAUCUCUGUAGAUGAUUUGUUAAGCUUGUUUAAGCAAGUUGAAGAGGAGGAAAAAGAAAUGUUGCAUAAAUAUGAAGAACCUUCAAAGCAACAUUUUGCAGCCAACAAAAAACCAUUUAAUAGAAUUUCAGCCUUGAUAAAUGAAUCUCGACAACAACAGAAUCGACCCACAACGCCUGCUGUGUGGACUAAUGAUAUCAAAAUGAAUGGUUCUUUUCAACCUACUUCAGAAGAUCAAAUUUAUGAAGAAACAGAUGAACUUCAAACAUCUACCACAGAAAAUGAAACAUCGGGUUCUGAUGAUGUGGAAAAUGAGACAUCAGGUAUUGAUGAUAUAGAAGAAGGGUCUUCCAAGGAUGAAGAUGAAAGCCGUAGUGAAGAAGAAGAAGAAGAAGAUGAUGAUGAUGAAGAAGAAUAUGAAAAAACCUCUAAUAUUGAAUAUACAGCACCUCAGUCACAGUGGAAUAAUUCUGAAAAUAAUGUUAAAAAUGAGGAUAACUUGGGUGGCUGGAAUAAUGUGGAAUGGACUGCGCCUACAGUUCCCAUACCUCCUGUGCAAGAAGCACAUCCUAUUUUAUUUAGUCAAAUUCAACAACAACAACAACAACAACAACAACAACAACAACAACAGCAGCAGCAGCAGCAACAACAACAGCAACAACAAAAGCAACAAAAUGGUUGGUUGUCAUAUAGUGAAGAAAAUUUAAGCGAUCAAUGGAAACAGUCACCGUUAGAAAUCAAUCCACAUGCAAUGUUUAAACGAACACACAACAGACGAUUAGUUAAAAAUAAUGCAAUGGAGAUCGAUAAUGAAGGAUGGGGGCAGGUACAGAAUUUUGUGGCAUGGGACAACUUGAAUGAACAAGGUUAUGUAAAGGAAGUUUUAGAGCAACAAAAAGCAACCACUUAUUGGAACUUGGAAGGAGAUUCUUGGAUCCCUUUAAAUGCUAAUAAUCAAUUCGAGCAACAGCAGGAACAACAACAGCAGCAAAAACUACGUACAACUGCUACAUAUCAAUCAAGAGAACACCCGUCUGUUUCUGAUGAUGAUUUUCCUCCUUUAAAUAACUAUCUUCAAAAUGACAAUGGAUCCUCCAAGAAAAAGCCAACAUAUACUCGUCAGCAGCUACAUAGACGUUCAAAUUCAAUUGUAAGCUCAGAUACAUGUAUCAAUUGGACAGAUGAUGAUGCUGAUGAUGUUGUAAUUAAGGUGUGUAAUCAAGAAAAAUUUUCUAGCAAAUAUGCAUUUAAUAAGCGACAACCUGAUCACCCUGGGCAGCCGAAAUGGAAUUCUUAUGGUGAUUGGAAACUAACCAAAGAACAGUCACCACAUAAUCAUGAUAAUGGGGACAUAAAACCUAAGAGCACAAUAUGGGGAGAAAUGCCUAACAAUACGGCUCCUGUUAAAGGUAGUUGGCAAGCACAUUUUUCACCAGAAGAUAUUAAUAAUAAAUCAGCCAACGAUAGUUGGUCUUCACUGAAUAACUCAACAAUUACACAGCAAUCAAAUCGUCGUCUCUUCUCACGGCCAAGGUCUUCUGCUUCACGUCCAGCAUCAGUUCGAGAUAAUACACCACGCGAGACUGUACAGUCUGAAUCCUAUACUACUUCAUGGGGCAAAUUUACAGCGAAUAGUAUGGAGACUGUUAGCGAACGUUCUAAUUCACCACGGAAAUCAAUUGCAUCACAUACCACAACUCCUCGAGCAGUUACACCAUCUACUGCUGCUACAGAUGUACUAAUUGAUACAGAUAACAGUACACCUAUAUUACCCAAACAGAUGCCUAAAAAAAGCGAUGUAUGGGACUCUAUAAAUGAUUUAAAUAUAGUAAAUAAUCAGCAGCAGCAACCAUCAGAAGAAGUUGAACUUGUUGAACUUAUGAAUUGGCAAUCUACAACCAGAGAUUCACCAUCUGUUCGCUUUGUAGAGACAAUCCCGGGCACGGUAACAGAAGCUGAGAUAAAACAAAAAGAGGAGGAGGAGGAAAAAGAUCAUUUGGUAAUGUUACAAAACUCAACGCUAUUGAUGCCUGCAUUGGUACCUACUUCCUUAAAAGAGACUGCGACUGUUCCUACUACUAUUGAUAUUGAUAAACAUGAUGCAUCUAUAGUUAAUAAUACUAUUAUAACUACAUCUAAUACUACUAAUAAUGCUACUGUUACUCCUAUGAUGGCUUCAGAAUCAAAUAUAGCUGAGAAUUCCGUACUUGAUACAACUAAAAUCGUAGCUUCUAACCUUACUGCAUCUCCCGUUAUUACUACUAAUUUAGCUCUAACUAAGGAAACGGAUACCAGCAUCCAUAAACAAACGCAAGACACUUUUGUUAAUACUACCGAUCAAAAACAGAACAACAAUAUAUCAUCACAAAACGUUGAUGAACAAAAAAAGCAAACAGAGGAGGUUCAAGAUCUUUUAUCAACAUCAAGCAGCUUUAUUAAACCUGAAUCAUCUACCUCCAGAAAUCUUAUCGAUGAGCAGGAACCUUUGAAUCAAAACAACAAUGAGGCUUUGUCUGGUUUAUUAAUUCAAUCCAAAAACCCUGCAGCAGAGCCAUCAUUAGAUCAUAAUGAUAUUCAAAAACAUAAAAAAUCAGGAAAGCCGAUUGCGGUUAAAAUUCAAUUAGCAAGUGGAUUUGUAUCUGCUGUAUUCCAUGAGGGUGAUGACUUUUUAGAAGUUAGUCGAAAGUUCUGUGAAGAACAUAAUAUACCAAACAGUGUAGACAUUGUAUACGAAAGAGCAAUGGAAAGAUGGACAGCUCGAAAGACAAAGUCUAUUUUGAAUAAAUCGAAGAAAUUGAAAAAGUCAGGUACAACGCCUACUCUUUCUUAAAAAAUAAAAUAAAAUAAAAAGGAAAUCCUUAGAAUGUUAUGUAAUGCAUUGUAAUAUUAAUUCACACUUAGAAAAUGUAUAUUAUGAAUUAUUAUAAACUUUCCUUUGUGUUAAUAAUAAAUGCUAUUAGAG